AUGUCCUACCUUCUUUACUCCGUCUCCUUCUUCGCCCUCGUCAUCGCCACCGCGCUCUACUUCACCCGCACCUACUGGCUGCAUCUCCUCCCGAACCUGCCGAUCCCCGGCCGCGACUACAUCUACUCCCGCCUCCCCUCCACCUUCACCGGCGACAUGGAGGCGGGGCUCUCGAGCUCGACCUUUGACCUCAGCGGCAACGUGGAAUCCGGCGACAGCCGCGCCGGUCUCGACGAUCGGAGCAAGGCCGAGAUUCUCAAGAUCAUGAAGAAGCGCCGCAUGAGGUUCGACGACGCACGAAGGGUCUACAUGGAGAACCGCUUCAAGGCCAACGGCAUCGGCCCCGACGGACGCCCGCUGGAUCCCAAGGCCGUCACUUUCAGUUAA